AUGGCGAGCAUCGUGUCUCAGACUCCUGGCCCGGCGAGGCGACCUCUCCCCGUGCUGCUGUUGUGUUUCGCCCCUCUGCUGCUGAUGAAGGGCGGGUGUCACGCCGCCCCCUCAGGCCCGGAGUCAGACUCCUGCUCCACCUUAGUCCAGAGUCGCUUCUUCGGCUUCUUCCUGUCAUCAUCUGUGUUUCCCACCACGCCUUGCUCCUGGACCCUGCAGAACCCCGACCCGCGGCGCUACACCAUCUUCAUCAAGGUGACCAAACCCACAGAGUACUGCGUGCCGUCGCAGCUGCGCACCUUCCAGUACGACUCCUUCCUGGAGACCACGCGCACCUACCUGGGCAUGGAGAGCUUCGACGAGGUGGUGAGGGUGUGUGACGCCUCCGCCCCCGUGGCCUUCCUGGAGGCCGGAAAGCAGUUCCUCCAAAUGAGGAAGGGGCCCCCUCGGGCGGGCGCGGCCGCUGCAGACAGCGACUGGGAUUUCAAAACAGAGUACCUGGUGGUGGGGAAGCGCAACCCCAGCAUGGCGGCCUGUCAGAUGCUGUGCCAGUGGCUGGAGGACUGUCUGGCCUCCAGCACGUCCAACCGGCCCUGCGGCAUCAUGCAGACUCCAUGUUUGUGCUGGGAGCCGCCGCCACAGCUGAGCGAGGGGAAUACCUGCUAUCACAAUGGAGUUUACCUGGAGAACUGUUUACCCAGUGUGAAAGAGAGCGGGAGGGACGCCGAGAUAAACGGUGGCUGGAGUGUGUGGGGUCAGUGGGCGCAGUGCAGCAGUGAAUGCGGAGGCGGGAUUCAGACCCGGACCAGGACCUGCCAGUCACCUCCGGAGGAGUCGUACCUGUGUGAGGGUGUGCUGGAGGAGGGCCGACCAUGCAACUCACAGCCCUGCACCGGCAAAGGUCGCCAUCUCUCUCGCAGCCAAUCGCUUCGCUCGGUGGACAGCCGCAAGCGUGAUGACGUAGACAAGCCCCGCAGCGGACAGCAGAGCCCUCAGACAGACUCAGCUUCAGGUGAGGAGUGGUCAGCGUGGAGUGUGUGUUCUGCCACGUGUGGGGAGGGCUGGCAGAGUCGCACUCGCUUCUGUGUGUCCUCCUCCUACAGCACCCAGUGUAGUGGGCCACUGCGAGAGCAGAGACCUUGCAACAACUCUGCUGUUUGUCCAGUGCACGGUGCGUGGGAUGAGUGGUCGCCGUGGAGUUUGUGUUCGUCCACCUGCGGCCGAGGUUACAGGUCCCGAACGCGAACCUGCACCCCCCCUCAGUUCGGGGGAGAUCCCUGUGACGGCCCAGAGAAACAGACCAAGUUCUGCAACAUAGCUGUGUGUCCAGUGGACGGGGUGUGGAACGAGUGGUCCAGCUGGAGCUCCUGCUCGGCCUCCUGCUCUAAUGGGACCAUGCAGAGAACCAGGGAGUGUAACGGCCCCUCGUACGGAGGCUCCGAGUGCAGGGGGGAGUGGCUGGAGACCGUCGACUGCUUCCUCGGCGAGUGUCCAGUGGAUGGUAAGUGGCAGCCAUGGUCUUUGUGGUCGGGCUGCUCUAAAACCUGCGGAGGGGGGAGCCAGCAGAGAAACAGGAUUUGUUAUGGGCCCUUUUUUGGGGGGCAGCCUUGCCCUGGAGAGCGAGAGGAGGUCCGGCGAUGUAAUGAAAAGAGAUGUCCAGAGCCUCAUGAAAUAUGUGGCGAGGACAACUUCUCCAACGUUGUGUGGAAGAUGACUCCAGCUGGGGACACGGCGGCCGUACGCUGUCCCCCCAAUGCCAUGGGGCUGAUCCUGCGCCGCUGCACCCUGGAUGAAGAGGGCAUCGCCUACUGGGAGAAUCCCACCUACAUGAAAUGCAUUUCCAACGACUAUCGCAGCAUCCAGACUUUGACUCGGGAACAUUUGUCCAAAGCGCAGCGCGGCCUUGUGGGAGAUGGUGUUUCAGAGGUGAUGACCAAGCUGAAGGACACGUCCAGCGACGGGACCAGCUACAGCGGUGACCUGCUGGCCAUCCUGGAUGUACUGAAGAACAUGACGGAGAUCUUCAGGAGGGCGUACUACAGCCCCAGCAGUGUAGACAUGAAGAACUUUGUGCUGUCAGUCAGCAACCUGCUGAUGGAGGAGAACAGGGAGAGAUGGGAGGAGGCACAACUGCUGGGGCCGAACAUCAAAGAGCUGUUCCGUCUGGUCGAGGACUUUGUGGAUGUCAUCGGCCUGAGGAUGAAAGACUUUCAAGACACGUAUGAAGCCACUGAUAACCUAGUGUUGAGCAUCCACAAGCGUCCAGUGGUGGGUCACGCAGACAUCAGCUUCCCUAUGAAGGGCUGGAGGGGCAUGGCGGACUGGGCCCGCAGCUCUGAGGACAAAGUCACCAUCCCCAAAAACAUCCUGUCCACUGGCAAGCCAGAUGCAGACGACUCCUCCACGUUUGUGACCGGCAUCGUUCUGUACAGGAACCUGGGCAGUAUCCUGAGUCUGCAGAGGAACAGCACAGUCCUCAACUCCAAGGUGUUGUCAGUGACCAUCAAGCCCACUCCUGCCUCCCUCUCCGCUCCGGUUGUAGUCGAAUUUUCUCACCUGUACAACGGCACCACCAACCAGACCUGUAUAUCCUGGGAUGAGAGCGACAGCUCCUCUCUGCUGGGAUCCUGGUCUGCCAGGGGCUGCAAAACCGUGCUAGUCGACUCAUUCAGAACCAAAUGCGUGUGUGACAGACUGUCCACCUUCGCCAUUUUAGCACGGCUAAAUCCCGAAAUGAACAUGGAUAAGACACAGCUCCCGUCGGUGACGCUGAUUGUGGGCUGUGGAGUCUCUUCACUGACACUGCUGCUGCUCAUCAUCAUCUACGUGUCUGUCUGGAGGUACAUCCGGUCUGAGCGCUCAGUCAUCCUCAUUAACUUCUGCCUCUCCAUCAUCUCCUCCAACGCACUUAUCCUCAUUGGACAGACACAGACACGGAAUAAGGUCUUGUGCACCCUGAUCGCGGCGUUCCUCCACUUCUUCUUCCUGUCCUCUUUCUGCUGGGUUCUGACGGAGGCGUGGCAGUCCUACAUGGCGGUGACGGGCCGCCUCAGGAAUCGCAUCAUCCGCAAGCGUUUCCUGUGUCUCGGCUGGGGUCUCCCUGCACUUGUAGUUGCGAUCUCAGUCGGAUUCACCAAGGCAAAGGGAUACGGAACACCGAGCUACUGCUGGCUGUCUCUGGAAGGAGGUCUUCUUUAUGCAUUUGUUGGACCUGCUGCAGCUGUUGUCUUGGUUAACAUGGUUAUUGGGAUUCUCGUUUUUAACAAACUGGUGUCCAAAGACGGAAUUACUGAUAUGAAACUAAAGGAGAGGGCGGGUCAGAUGACAGUGCCACUGUACAAUAUGACGCUCAAAUGUGCCAAGUGCGGAGUUAUCUCUUCGGCUGACGUUUCCACCACAGCUACCAGUAACGCCAUGGCGUCACUGUGGAGCUCCUGCGUGGUUCUGCCCCUCCUGGCCCUCACCUGGAUGUCGGCGGUCCUCGCCAUCACUGAUCGGCGCUCGGCGCUCUUCCAGAUCCUGUUUGCUGUCUUUGACUCCCUGGAAGGCUUCGUCAUUGUCAUGGUGCACUGCAUCCUGCGCAGAGAGGUCCAGGAGGCAGUGAAGUGUCGUGUCGUGGACCGGCAGGAGGACGCGAAUGGAGACUCAGGAGGAUCUUUCCAGAACGGCCACGCUCAGCUCAUGACUGACUUUGAGAAGGACGUGGACAUGGCCUGCAGAUCAGGCACUAUGAAGCGCUCGUCUCUGCAGGGGGAGGAGAAGGCGUCCUCUGGGACCCUCACCCUGCAGAAGGGAUCUAACUUUAACACCAUGCCGGCCAGCAUGGCGAAGGUUCACCUCCAGAACGUGGCCGACUACAACAGUCACACUCUGACGCUUCGCAGGGAGAAAGGCGCGGCGAAGGGAAUCAGCACAGAGCUGCCGGGCGCCAAAUCUAUCUACAUCUGUGACGGCGAGCUUUUCAAGCAGCUGGACGGAGAGAUGCCCCGAGGGAACGGUGAGGGCAGCAGCUCUGAGGGCGCCGGUAAAGGCCCGGGAUAUGUCAUCCUACCCACCAACAACACGGGCACUCUGAAGCCGGCCAAGGGGAAGGAAGAGCAGACGGCCAAGUACAACAUCAACAUAGAGCAGCUGCCUCAGACGAGGCUCAUCCACCUGGCCAACACGGCCAGCGGAGAGCCAGUGCCUGGCUUUGGGCUGAAGACGCUGCCCGCUGACCAGGUCAGUGUGUCAUGCUCUGACAGAGACUCACCUGCACACAACCUGCAGAACAUGCCCAGAGACUCCCAGGGGGCCAACAGCAUGUGUGACGGGGGGGACUCCGGAAACUCUGGUGUCAUGUCCAAGAGUGAGACCGUCUCCACGUUGUCCAUGAGCUCCCUGGAGAGACGAAAAUCACGCUAUGCAGAGCUUGACUUUGAGAAAAUAAUGCACACCCGGAAACGCCACCAGGACAUGUUUCAGGACCUGAACAGGAAGAUUCACAGUGCAGACAAGGAUAGAGAGUCUCCACCUGUUGAUGCCAAAGCUGCCAAAAGAUGGAGUGUGUCCUCUGCCAGCAGUGACAAGACCAACAUGAGUGACAAGCAGCAGACCCCUAGUAAGAGGGCGUGGGAGGGCAUCAGGAAGACCCACUCCCCCCCAUCCUGGGUGAGGAAGGACCUGGAGACGGUGGCAGCCUCUCCCCUGGAGCUGCAGACGGUGGAGUGGGAGAAGACCAGCGCCACCAUCCCUCUGGUGGGCCAGGAGAUCAUGGACCUGCAGACAGAGGUGUGACCAGCAGAUCCUGGCCUCAAACCUACAACUCUCUCUUUCUUUUUCCAAUGCUCUCAGACAAAAACAAGCAGACACACCACACACACUGCCCUGCUCUGUACUCUACUCAAAGGCCGGAUGAAGCCCAUUGCGA